GGGAGUCGCGGCGUCCAGCGGCAGGAUGACCCUUUGACGACGCACUCAGAAGUCACGUGACCACAAAGUGGAAGUCGGGCGCGUGAAGCACACGUCGAGGGUUUGUUUACACACGGACAUGUAUACAAGUUUGUGGUUUACAUACGGAGAACAACUCGAUUCCCCUCUUGCCUGAGCCCGGGGAUGUCGUUGGUGCAGUUUAGCGAAGAAAGCUAUUGUCACAACACAGUUGUCGCGCUUUAAAGACGUCGCCAGUCACCGGAGAGCGAAAUUCCGCGCCUGAGAUAGUGCGAGCUUUUUUUUUGUGAACACUCUCUGCUCAGGUGGUUCACUACAAUCAAGGGACAGCCCCGCGCCUCUCUGCGUCUGGAUGGAAAGGGACCCUUCUGGCGUGCCGUGACGGGAGAUGUUAUUUCAGGACCUCGGGGUUGGAGCUCGGUUGUAAGCAGGUGGAGCCUCUCGGGGGACAAGCAGAAGGACAGAGAAAGUUGCCGGUUUGUGGCAGACGAUACAUAAGAUUCAUCAUCGAGGAGUGGACAGGGUCACAUUCUUUCUAGCCGCACCAUGGGUCUUCGUAAAAACCAGACUUUGUUGUGCCAGUGAUGGUUAAUAUUUAGCAUAAGAACGGUAUAACUCAAGACUCCAUCCCCUUUUUUGUUUAUCGACAUGACCAGUCGAGAUACGAAGUUUCUUGGUAUCUGAUGUCGUCUGCUUCGUCUUGAGUUCAGUAGGGUGUUUGUAGUAGUGUGGUUGUGUAUUGCUGAAGUGUUUAUGUGAAGAUCGUCAACAAGUCAGACGAUGGCAGCAGACGACUCAAGCGAGGAGUUUCAUUUCCAUGCAAAAUUCCGAGAGGAGGAAGAAAUGGAAUUUUACACAGAAUUGGCUCUACACGAAACGGAGCGCUGGAUUACGGCGGUUACAAAGAAGCAUUUUGCUCACCCAGAUGACCCAAGAAGGUCAUUGGAAAACGGCAUCCUAUUAUGCGAGUUGCUGAAUUGUUUGAAGCCAGGAGCUGUGAAGAGAAUCAACAAGCUACCCACCCCGAUAGCAGGACUGGACAAUCUCCAUGUCUUUUUGAAGGCUUGCAAUGAGCACUUCGGAUUAAACAACACUCAGCUGUUUGACCUCACAGACCUCGAGGACUUGUCACACCGCGCCAUUGCAGAGUCUGACCACCUUAAGGAGGAGCAAGACAAACGACUGCGGAACGUUGCAGUGACAAUCUACUGGUUGGGUAGAGCUUCGAGUCAACAGUACUCCGGGCCCAAACUUGAUCAGAGUGCCUUCGCGGCCCUCGUACACCGCGGCAGCAGCUUCCUGACUGACAGGCAGGUCUUGCGAGGGUCUUCAUGUGCUAGGGAAUCUAAUGGGCACUUCAGUGCAAGUGCUUCUAUGAGAGACACCGUCGACCCGAGGGCGAAGCACGUUCGCGACAGUUCGUACGAUUCGAACAACUCCUAUGGUAAAGCCUCGGAGGACAGCUUAGAGGGACUGGUGUUCGAUACCGAUAUCAACGGGAUGCCUAUCUCCAGGUACGAUAGUGCUUCUGCACUCAAUCGCUCAGGAGAAGGCAGCAGUCGGCGUUCUGGAGUAAGUACCUCCAUGUACGGGUACGACAAAGGCAGUGCCAUGUACCGCAGCAGCCCGGACCUGUCCUCCAGCAUGUCAAACCGGAGGUCGUCCUCUGUCGACAGCGCGGACGGCUCCAUGUACGGCAGCCAUUCUCGGCAGUCGUCAGACAGCACGGAAUCCCACCCCAGCCGCCGCUUGAGCACGCAUACGUCCAGCCGCAGGACCAGCACCUCGGCAUCCACAGACCCACUGCAGUUUGUCAAGUGUAAAGGCGCCACAGUAUUGGCCAUCACGGCCGAGCAACAAAUGCGCCUUGCAGCAGAGACCAAGAAAAGUGUAGUCGUUCCUCUCAAAGAAGAGGAUACAAGCGACUGGCAGUCGAACUUGGCCAGCUGGAAGAAUAGGAGAAAAAGUCAAUCAGAGAAGUCAUAUGGGCUGAAGGAAGCACUGGAGCAAAUGGAAAGAGAAAAAGAAGAAACAAACAAUGGUCAAAAGUCAACAGUUGGCACCAAAACUUAUUCACAAAUGAAGGAAGAAAGAGAAAGGAGAAAAUCAGCUGGAAGCAAGCGUUUCUACCCUAUCGAGGAUGAUGAUGAAGAGGAUGAUAUUUUUGAACCCAUUGUUGCUGAAAAAGAAGAAAACAGCUACAUGCAGAAGACUAAUGAACAUUCAGAAGCAUCUUGGGAGAGUGGCAGCAAGCAGGCAAGCCAGGUGUCUGGUAUGGCAAACUGGACAGAAGACUCAGACAGUGGUGAAGAUGACAAGAAGACUAAACAGAGUGGAGACAGGAACAAUAACAGAUAUGAGUCCUCUACAAGAGCCAGUGAUUCCAGAUUCAGUGGAGUAAGCAAUGAGUCAGCACCUUCCAGAUCUGAUGUAUCAUCAAGGUUGCAUCACUCUGGAUUAUCAGGCCAAAGUGCAACUUACUCAAACAACAGUGAGACAGUAAAGCGACGUGGUGGGAGUGGGGAGAGUGUGGCAAAAGAAAAUGACAGGAACAGUGCCAACGCAUCUCUGACCAAAUCCAUGGGCAGGCUCAGCAAUCUGGCAAAGAGCUACGAGCAGAUGGAGGAUACAGCAAAACCAAAGAGCAGAGCGCAGCACAGUGUGGAUGUUAAUACCAAAUCAUUCCAAAAAAGUGUUGAUCAGGAUGGUUCCAAAAGUGUGGAUUCGUAUCAGUUUUCAAGGAGUGCUGAUGAUAAUCGAAUGUCUUCCUGGAGUACUCCUAAGGACAGGGAGACAAAGCACUCAGCGGGAAAUGUUUAUGCUAGUGGCAGAAAUUCUGGAAAGGACUAUGUUGAAAAGAACAUCAAGAUCAGUCAGAAACCCAACAAUGAAAAGGGAUUUGGAUUUUCCCUGUCAGGUGGAGCUGACAAAAAGCAAGCUGUUGUGGUGGAGAAAAUUGUACUUGGUAGUGCAGCAGAUGUUUGUGAGCUUCAGACAAAAGAUGAGGUUGUGUCCAUUAAUGGACAAAGCAUUGCUCAGCUGACCUCGGCUGAACUGGAACAGAAAGUCAAAAAUGCUGUCAGUGUGGGUCAGAUUGAACUUCGAGUGAAAAGAUACCUUGGAUCAAGGGGAGAUGAGAUUGAAGAAGAUGAGUUCUUUUCUAGUGAUGAAGAGGUCAGCAUUCCUGACCAGAACAUUUCAAAAUCAUCUGGUAGACCAGAAAAUUCUUUUGACAGUCUGGAUUCCAGAGAAGACACGGAGAAAUUUGAGGGAACUUCUAUUACAAGUCAGCUGGAAAAGGAGAGGAAAUGGCUUGAAGCACAAAUUGAGAAUGCAGUUCCAAUAUUAACACAGAGUAAAAGAAGAGAGGACCCAGCUCAGACAUCUUCUGACAGUGGUUAUGAUGCACAGACCUUUCCUCAGCAGCCAUAUAAGGGAGACAGUUCUAGCAACCUUGAUGAAACUCCUACUCAAGAAGCAGUCCAGUAUUCUGUGCAGUUAGAACAACAUGCAUUGCCCAAAGAGAAAGAGCAGUCUGACGAUGUGGUAGUUCAGGUGAGACCACGUAUCCGUGAAAGAGGAAGGCUUGAGAAGCAGGGGGGAGCAAUGCCUUCAGAAGAAGUGACAGUAGAGAUGCGAUCAACAAUAACAGCGAACAAGAAAGUUGCAGAUGAUUCACAUUUAAAAGACAGCAAAGACGACCGCUCAUCAAUUGCUUCUUUGGAAGCCAGCAGUGAGAGUACAUCUGUCAAUAGCCACAAGAACCAGGACUCAGAUGGCAGUGGUUCUGGAUUCCAACCACCUGCAGUUCUUCGGAAAUGGCAGCGGCAGAGAGUUCGAGAAGAAUAUAUGUUUGAAUCGGAUGAUUCCCCGCAGAUUUAUAACCAGAUUAAAUUUUCAUCAACUAUGCCGCAGCCGUCAUCAGAACGACAGUUGGUAGAGGAUGGUCAAGUGAGAAAAGAUGACAUGAUUUUAAAUAAAGCUUCAGCCAGUUACAGUGCUGCACUGCAGAGUCAGCCACCUCUUGCAGCCCCAAGGCACACAUUUAAUCUUUCAAGCGAGCGACAAAAAAUGCAGGAGUGGGAACAACGGCAGGAAGAUGAGCGGCAGCCUGUCACAGUCAGUACCAGCCAGAGUGACAAUGCAGUAGAACUACAGUUUCACGUUGACAAGAGGCAGUUUCAGAUGAGUCAGAAUCAGAUGAAACACCAAUAUGAUACAGACUUGCAAAGGCAGCAGAAAAAGAGCGACAAAAGCAAAAAGAGAUAUCUUUUGGAGCAGCAGCUACUAGACCCAGAAAUAGAGAAGAUGCGGAAGUUGGAGGAGAGGCGUGCUCAGCGCAGAGCUCGGCUCAUGGACGUUGCAGAUACAUCACUUGCCUCACCUCCACGCCCUGUUGAAAACAUAUUGGAGCCUAGUUACCAGGUGCAAGAGCAACACAGUGCACCACAAAGUCACAUGAGUACAGUGUCCAUGCAGCUUCCAGGCAGAAACAUUGGACAGAAGCCUGGAAUUCUGAUUAUUGAUCCUCGCAACUGUGGGGAAGAUACAAGUCCUCCUUUAGAAGCAGGGCUGCCUGGUCAGCCAUAUCAGAUCCAGCUGAAAAUCAACCAGAUGGACACUCCACAUGGUUUACUUGUUUCUACACAGCCCAUUGUGCUCGCACCUACUGAUCCAAAAGCAUUUUUGGAAGCAGAACGUGAGCGCAUCCGGCAAGAAGAGCUGCAGAAGAUUGAGGAAGAGCGUCGUCGUCGCGAAGAUGAAGACAGCAAACGCCUGCGCAGCAAAGAAGAAGAACUGCGAAGGCAGGAGGAAAUGUUAAAACAGCAGCAGGAACGACUUAAACAAGAACAAGAACGUCUUGAAAGAGAGCGGCGACAGCUGCAACAACAGCAGAUAAAACCAGCCACGUUUGUGCAGGAACCCAAUGUUUUGCCCACCUCAUCACUAGCUGUGCAUGCAGAGCCACCUUUGAAGUUUGAGACGGUCUCAAGCAGAAGUAGGGGGGAAUCACCUACAUAUACAUCUUCAGUCAAGCCAGGGACUCGACGGUUGGAGGGUCAGCCUCAAGGUUUUAGUGCCUCUUCAUCUUUAGACAAAGGUAGGGAGAGCAGUGGAACAUACCAUACCCAAAAGUCAGACUCACUUCAAAACUCAAAAUCUAUUAGUGUUUCUACUUCUCCAGCAAGGCGAAGUGAUCAUCAGCCUGCCACAGCCAGUCAGUCCAGUCUUCCUCGAUGGCCACCAUCAAGUCAAAAUGCUGAGAGAAAAUCGAGCCCAUUGCCACGGGAUUCCACUAGUCAGCAGCUGUCAAGGGAAGACAUGGUGGCCAUGAACAGAAAAGCCACUCCUCUGCAGACCAAACCUCUAUCACCCACAGAUAGCGUAUCCAGUGACAAGCUAUCCACAGCCAAACCUGUGAGGAGGGAGGCUCCAAGCAAAGGACAAAUUCAUUCACUUAACUCUGUCCCACGUGCCAAGUUUCGCAGUUCCAAUGAGUGGAUUGGUAGUUCAAAAGAGGAAGAGGACAAUCCACCGGCUCUUUUGGACUACAGCAGUGGUGGAGAUCGGGGACAGCAGCCCACUGCAUCAUCACAUCAGUCAGAAAUGUACAGAAAACAGUUUGCCAGUCCUCAAGACCACUGGCUGGUGCAGGAAGCCGAGCGACGGCGUAUCCAUGAAACGUCGGAGAGGCAAGGAGCAAGUAGAUCCCAGCAUUCAGGCCCCAUCAAACCUGCAAUGGACAGGCUUGAUAAUCGGUGGAGAGAUGAAAGUCUGGACCAGCCAGCCUCAUCCAGCAUGCCUGCUCAAAUCAGACAAACAUUGUUACAAAAAACAGCUGGUGCUCGAGGCUCAAACAGUAACAACUACCCACAGGAUCCCAACUUUGUUUCCCAAAGCCACCAUCAACCAGCUUACACUUUGCCAAACUCUAUGUCACAGACUCUGCCUGCUAAUUUUGGCUACAGCUCUGGGCCACGCUCAGAGAUGGUGCCACCUGCCCACAGACCACCUUCUCCAGAGUCAUAUAGAGACAAUGGCAAUGAGAUCAGUGGAAAACAAAGGUGUUCCCACUGCACCCAAGAGCUAGGAUUUGGAGCAGCAAUGGUGAUAGAAUCUCUUGGUCUCUAUUACCACGUUCAGUGUUUCCGAUGCUACGUGUGCCACACGCCAUUAGGCAGUGGAAAUCAAGGGGCAGACGUGCGAGUUCGUGUGAACAAACUGCACUGCCCCAACUGCUACAGCAAUGAUGAAGCUGGACUUAAAUUCAGCAAGGUGUGAGAUUUCCAUGACUUUUGCCCUUCUACUCACUUCCUGCUCAUUCCAAGUGCAUUAAACUGUGGUUUCAGGCUAUGUGUUUCUACUGGAGUGAAAAACAAAAAAGAACAAGCCCAGAAAAAGUGCUGUAGGAUCCAAGAUCACAUCUGGGCAAUACAUGUGAACAUGACAUCAAGAAAUAGAGGCUGUACAAUAUUUUUUCAAGUGUGCAGUGCAGACUGUAUUGUGUGUAUAGAAUGCCUGCACUUAAGCUGGAGUUUGUAGUCAAAAUUCAUAUUUGCUGAAAAAGCUUGCAAUCGACAUUGUGAGAAGGAUACAACAUGUAAAACCUCCGAAGCCAAUUUUAAAAAAUUUUUAGCUCCUACAUUGGAAAGGAAGGUCAUUAUGUCCUCCAUUCAUAAAUAGAAAUCAUUGGAUACUACUAAGCUAGACUGGUUCCAGUCUUCCUAUGAGCCUUGGUUUCCAUAGAAUUCUGGAUCUGAGAGAAAAUCGGAGUACUUUCCAGAAAAAUCUUUUAUUCCUGUCAAGAAAUAUCCUAUCUGAAACACAAUCCAAAGUGCUGCAACAUUUUAAAAAAAUUAUAAUACGUUAUAAAAAGGUUCAGACAUUAUCAGAAUACAUGGGAGAGCAAUGUUUUAAAUGUUUUUAAAUCAUGAUGUACAGAGUUUCAUAUUGUGAGGAAGCAUUUUUUUUUCAGAAAAGGAGAAUGGACAAAAGACAUCUGAAAGCAGAAUAUACUACUGAGCUUUUUUAGCAUUAUCAAGCAGCAUUGAAGAAUACCUGUCCCUUAGUUCAGUUAGUGUAUUCAUUGUUACUCCUCAAGGAGCAUAGGGCCACAACAGUACCUGUUCCUUAAUCUUCACAAAUCUUCUUACAUGACUUGGGAACAUAGGUGUACACCACUUUUUACUUGUUUUAAGGUAGCAUUCCAGUUUCAAUAUAGUUAUCAAACCCCUGGACCAAUCAUUAUUUGCUCCUGGUUUGCUUUUUAUAACUCUUCCAUUUUGUUGUCAAUAGUCUUUGUAUCUCAGAAAUAACACACUGAGAAAGCUUAAAAGUUGCAAGAUGUGCAAAGUAUGGUGAUGGUGAAGCAAAUGAAUUACAUGUGUUCAUAUUUCUGGACCUGUUUUUGAGAAAGAUCUGUACACCAAAUCUAUGGUUCUUUUUUAACAACUUUGAUCCUGGCUGCAUACAUCAUCUUUAUGUAUUGCACAGAUAACUGGAUUAAAAGUGAAAUCAUAUGUGCAUUUAGUUAGUGUUUUAAUCAUUUCGUGUUCAGAUAUUGGAAAUUUGUGAUGUUCUCUGCCAUUUUAGCCGCCUAUGAGCAUGGUGACAUUUGGUUGGUGAGAACUAUUACAGCUGCACUUCAUGUAUGGUUUUUAAAGGUGCAAAACAUUUUAAUAAUAGUGGCGGUCUCUCCAUACCAUUUGUUUGGAAGUGAAUGAAAAUAUCUAUUUCCCAUGUUGGACCAUAAAGUGAAUUAUUCCAUGCUAACAUGAAGAGAAAUUCAAGCUCAUAUCAAGAGGUGUGUAUGAAGUGCAGGUGCAUGCCUGACACAUUCAUUGGAUUACAGACGGUGAAGUCACAUAUGGAUGCACGUGUAUAGUGGAUGUAAGUGCUGUUGUUUUGUAUGUAUGCGACUUCUGAACAAAUAUAUGACAGUGAGGGAGAAAGAUAAAAAUUGCUACCCUUUUACAAUAAUUAUUUUGCCAACUGACACAGCAUUGCAGCAGUGUAAGUUGUCAAGCUUGAAGGCUCUAUCAGAUUGAGAAAUCAGGGCUUUGGAGGGUGACAGUUGGAACUAAAAAGAAAGAUUCCAAGUCUGUAGAUGCAAUAACCACACGAACAACUCGCCAUUUAGAUUUUCAAUUUAUGUCGUUCAUGUUAUCAAAUGCUGUCCAUCUUGCUUCAUUUGGCUAGUGCACAGAAAAUUUUUGGUGAUUACCUUUCCUAUAAAAUAUUUGCCAAUAAAUCUUUCAUCCAUUGUCUAAUUUCCCUAAAAACUGUUUUAAGGUUGCCUAUCAUGAUCAGAAGUAGCUUUAGUUAUUCUUCGUGCAAAUAAUCUUUUAGGAUGCAAAAUCAAUGUCAGCCUGCUGGCAAAAUUUUCAAGGGAGAGAUGGAACAGGAAUAUUUUGGAGAUGGGAUGCAAUUUACAUUGUAUAUUUAAUGUUACAUGUUCUAUUAUCCAUACUUACCUCUGCCAUAUUUUAAAAUUUAUAUACUCCCUGCCCAUAGUAGUGCCUUUCGAUGUGGAUGCAGUCCAGACCCCUGCUCUAUGUGUUUAACCAUGUAUUCUCUCAUAAAAUACAUCAGCCGCUUAUAGCAAGUUUCAAGAAUGUGAAACCAGGAAACAUUGUUUACAACAGGAGUUUUCAGCUGAAGGAAGAGGCAUUGGGCUCACAAGCAUCACAAAAAGAAAAUUUGACAUGAUAAUGUGACUCUGUGAAGCACACAAUUUGUACAAGCAGACAGAACUACAGGAAACCGCAAGAAUGAGCUUAACCAUUUGAAGUGAUGCUGACUUUCAAGUUCACAGCAGACUUGGUUUCUAAAUCAUCUAUUGCUCCUUCUGUCAUUUUACUUUGUGCAUAAGCAGUAGUCAAUUUAAACAUGUACAGGUUAACAUAGUUUUGUUUCUUUACAUAAAUUUAUGCAGUGCCAUGGCUAAACAGUCCUCUUUCACAAAUGGUUGUGUUUUGUACCUAGCUAAAGUGAUUUGAUUCCAGUUCGUUGCCAUUUUGAAAUCAUGCAGUUUGCUGUAAAUGAAUAAAUGCUUAUUUUGUCUAAAACGAGGAGUAUGUACAGUUUAUUAGUGCUGACUGCUUGUUUUCUUUAGUUUCUGUAGAAAGCUGGGUACUCAAUGCUUGAUGGAAUUUGUUACUAUUUCAUAUUGGUGCAUCAGGCCUGUCAAACCAUUAGACAUUAAAUAUGCUAGACUGUUGUAACAAUCUGGACAAUAUUGGUGAACCUCUUUAGUGUUUCACUCCCCUACCCAACACUCACCCUUUCCCUUAAAUCUCCAAUAUUGUCUGCAGUCUUUUACUUCGAAAGUUGUCUUAUAGGUUAUAGCCUACUGGAAGAAUCUUAAAAAUUGAGCAGAACAGAAAGGAUCUUGAAUAGAAAGGCUGCAAAGUGCCCAUACAAAAAACAAAGCAAAUGAACUUGAAAUUUGUUUUUCGUUCAAAGCUAGAUUAAUGAUAUUAAGUGCUUGUACACUAUGUAGUUGGAUUUUGCUAGUCCAGACUGUGUACACGUAGAAAGCUUCAUUAAUAGUAUUCUAUUUUAUAAAAUGGCCCGAUUUAGGCGGGGCAGUCCCGCCUUUGACCUCGUGUCUCGCCUGUUCGUAAAAUGUUCCGCUUUCAUCUAAAAAGUCGAUCAGUGUCCAGCUUGUAUUUAAAAAUCUAAUUAUCAUACAUUGACUCGCAUUUGUGCCUUUGAUUUUGGCAUUUGCCUAUCGCUGUUUCAUUAACAAUUUUAUAUUUGUCUCCUAGUUAACUACCUUUCAGAGCAAAUUAUCCCCACCCUUCCUUUGCGCUUUUCACUUUUUUGGGGGUACUCUUUGUCGGUGACUUCCGAAACGUCUGGUCACCUUAUAUUUAGGGAAAUCUAAAGUGUUGUCACAUUUGCGCUUAUAGUAUUUUAUAAAGUGCCCAUAAAGGAUUUGCAUUUAUACUGAAUUUGUGACCAUCGUGGUUUACUUAGAUUUUGUAAACACUGAAGAAAACAUUUUGCUAAAUUUGUACUUGAACAUUUACAAGGACAGUGACUGCAGCACUCAGUGACUAUCAUCAAGAAGUACUUUUGGAUGUUUCAAA